AGCAGUGAUGAAUCUUAACAACGUCGACAACUCGAUAUUCACAAGUUACGCAGUAGGUUUGGAUGCAGGCAGUUUAUUUCGGCAAACAUCGACGACGUUACCAGCUUCGUCAAAGAUAAUCUGCACAAACGAGAGCAUAAAAGUUCCAACAGAAACAACGAGAGAAGAUGUUACGUUUAGCGGAAGUCUAGCUGAUGUAUACGAAAGAGCACUAAACAACGUUAUGAGUAUCAAACCGAGUUUCAAAAUGGACGAGAACCAGAAUGAUACUAUUUUGCAAGCGGAUAAGAGAUCCUUAGAAGAGACGUCAAGAAUCGUUCCUACCAGUGGUAAGCAUUCAGAGUCUUACAAAUCUCGCCUACAUCAAGGACUAUACACCAAAAGCAAACUAACCACGGAAAAUAAGUCCGCUUUUCAUGUCCCAGAGAAACGACAUAUGGUCAAUGGCAAAUCACGUUAUAGAAACUGGUCACGUGAGUACCAGUGGCCAUAUACAUUCAACCAUCCAGGGGAUUAUUACCCAUUUCUUCAACCCUCGACACCAAUAUACUCGGGUUACCGCUCCGUACCCGUGGAAAGGUUUGGUUACAUACCAGAACAGAGAAGACGAGAGUUGCCUGUUUACACACAUUUGAUGCCAUGGUCACAGUUAGAAAGAGACAAUCGGCCGAUGAGAUCAACCGAAGCAAUGUUUACGACUUCAUCAAGGUUUUGCGACGCAACUUCAAAAUUUUACAAUGGAAAGAUCAAACUCUUGGAAACAAAGAAGAUUCGAUCUGAAGAGAAUGUAGAGAAUAGUGCUGACAUAUGGUUAGAAAGGCCCAAUUUCCAACACAGUGCCGAAGCAAACAGCCACAAAAACGAUGACUUCAACAACGUAAAGACUCGACGCAUGCGCGCAGAUGAAAAGAAACUUGAUAUCAGUCACGUGAUGUCAAAGGUUGAUUUUAAAAGUCCUAAAGAAGAGUUUUUCUAUAGUUUGGGUCUCACUAAAAUAGACAAGUGAUAAUUACGUUUUAAGAAGCACGUGGUACAUAAGUUCAUAAGACAGAAAAUCGAUUAAAUAAGCAGGAAAUAAUGCAUUAUUAUGGUUUAUAAUAGUUUAAGAAAAUAUCUUUGAAAGAUUAUGUCAUCAAUGUGAAAAACAAAACAGAAAGUUGAUUAUGUUUAAAUUCGUCGAAAUGUUAUGGUUUAUUUAUUCCGUCAUAUCUCUAUCUUUUACGCAUUGUCAAAAUUUUAAAUUCUUCCCAAAUAAAAAACAUUGAAAAUCAUUUA